AGACCAAGCAGCCCAUGAUUGAACGGCCCAAGGAUCCCGUUGGGCCCCCACUAAAUGACGUGGGCUUUACUGAUCAUAUUUAUGUCCAAGCGGCUGCCAUCUUCCAAAACGGUCACGUGGAAAAGCCUGCAGAUCAGAAGCUGGUUGACUAUGGCAGGAAAGGAAACCUUUGGAUGCCUGAAGAAAGAGAUGAGGAGUCGUGCCUCUUAGCCUAUGAGCUGGCAUUUAACAGUCUCAAAUACCAAGACCUUCUUGAAUCUGUAAUUACCAGCUGCACGGUCAUCUGUUAUUCUGUGCCAGAAGAUCUGAUGAGCCUGGUGGUAGUUAUGCUGUUUGACUUCCAGGACCGGAAGUUUGUGAAUCGCAGACGUCUUAAGGGUGAGAGGCUGCCGGAUGUCAUCACUGUGGAGGCCUGUCUCUUCAGAUAUAAGACAAAGCUGGCAGCUUCCCUGGCGCGCAUUCGGAUCAAAUUUAACCUGUUGAACAUUGAAUGCGUUCUGCCUGAAAUCGUGAAGGAGAGGCAGAAGAUGGCCAGGUCUCUGUUGCUAUAUGCCUGGGUCAACACCCAAAAAACCAGUCUUGAAGAUGUGAAGGAUGCCCUGACUAGGGAGGGAUUUUCAGAGGCGGGUUCAGUCCAACAGUUGCAGGGACAGGCUUUCUGCCGUGACGCGCACUGUGAAGAUUUGCUAGUUUUUGCUCCGCGCCACAAGGAACAGCUGAGCGGAACAGAGCUUGUAAAAGACUGCAAGCUUGUCAUUCAGGACAAGUCCUGCAGCCUGCCGGUCAGCGCCGUGCGCUCCGUGCUGGAUCGGGACCGGGGCGUGCUCGUGACCGGCUGCUUCUCGGCCCUCACGGUCGCCCACACGGCCGCCGCCGCCGCCGCCUCGCGCUCCGGAAACGUCCUCGUCUGCGAGGGCAGCGGGGCCAGGAGGAAGGAGCUGAGGGCCGUCCUCUCGAAGAUGGCGUGCUCUCGAAGUACGUGCUCUGAACUUGUCCCGUUAAUGACCGCUGCAGCUUUUCAGGAAGUGCCACUGAAACAUUGCCACUGUAGUGCAGCAUCUGGAGUUUGCUGUUACCUGCUUAAUAUUGGAGCAACACACCAAUCAAUUGGAGGUGGAAGUCAGUGCAAUUGCUCCAAGUUUUGUGACCUGGCGACGCAUGACCUCUCCGCAGAUGUGGAAAUAAUCCCAAGCAAUUUCAUGGAUCUGGACCCAAUGGGAGUUGAGCUGGAGGGGGUCAGCGUCAUCUUAAUGAUGCCCCAGUGCUCCCUGUCGGCUGUGAGCAACCCUGUGGACUUUAUCGUUCGAGAGAACAGAGAUAUAGACCUGCUGCAGGACCUGUCCCGUGGCUCGAUAAGCCCGGGCAGGCUGAACAACCUAGCGGCCAAUCAGAAACGGGAACUUGAACAUGCUAUGAAGGUUCCCAAGUCAGAGGCGGUGGUGUACAGCACGUGGUCUUCCUGCAGUGAGGAGAACGAGGAAGUGGUGGAGAUGGUGGUGCGCUCCAAACCCCGGAUUUACAGGCUGAGCGCUACAGGCUUGCCACCAGGCAGUAAAGACAAGCCGGAGGGCAACAAAGACUUGUUUGUGCUGGAGGCGUCAGCAGAGAGCAAUGGUGGUUUUGUGUCAGUGAUGACCAGGACGAGCACCCCAGCCAUGCAACAGGUAGCAGUGGCUGAACCCAGGGCAGUUAAGAAGGAUGCCAAAAUGGAGGAGUCGACCACCGCCCCUGAAAUUCCCUGGACUGCCAUCGCUGCACCCAGCAGUAACAAGGCCCCGAGCAAGAAACCGAGCCCGGAGUCGGCGGCGGGAGGAACUGACCGAGGCGGAGGAGAAGAAGAGAAGAAGAAGAAGAAGAAGAGAAACCCGAGGUCUCCCACACGCUUAGCGGUCUGCCAGGGAGCGGGCCGCCCGCACUUCCCCAGGGCCGAGAGCAGAGAGGAGAUGCACCUGCGGGGGACCGCUACUUGCCUGUCCGCCUUUGCUCUCUGA